AUGGAACCAAUUCAAGUAACCAAACCAACACCAAAAGUUAAAGUAGUUUUGGUUCACGGGUCAUGGUGUGAUGCAGGGAUUUGGAGAAAGGUUUUAGUUCGACUCGCCAAGAGACAUCAAGUCUAUGGUGUACAAUUACCAUUGACAUCAUUGACUGACGAUGUUGAAGCUUUGAGAAGACUGGUUGAAAGAAUCGAUGGAAAGGUAUUAUUGGUAGGUUACUCUUAUGGUGGUUUUGUCAUCUCUGAAGCCGUUCCCAAACUACAAAACAAGGUUGCCGGUCUACUCUUUGUCAAUGGUAUCAUUCCAAGUGAAGGUCAAAACUUGGAUGCCGCCCUAGGAGGUAACCUUCAGUUCCCAUCAGACGGCCUUAUGCUUCCAGACGGCUACGGUAAUCUCUGGCUCAAUCCAACUUUAUUCAAGACUGUAUUGGCUCACGAUGCUUCCGAUGCUGAUUGCGCAGUCUGGCUACAAACCCAAAAACCACUCGGUCUCAAGUGUGUCUAUGAGCAUGUUACCACACUUGGUUACAAGGGUCUUCCAUGUUGGUACCAAAUAUCCGACGAGGAUCGUAUUCUCCCACUCGCUGCACAAACUGCAAUGUCUGCAAUGGUCAAUGCCAAAGUACUCCACCUCCCAGCCAGUCACGCAUCUCUCAUCACCAAAGACAAAGAAGUUGCUAAAUUCAUUAAAGGUGCUGUCUCUGAAUUGGAUUUAACACUCUAA